AUUCUGGUACAAAAUCUGAGGGGAGCUUGUUUCCAAUUGUGAAAGGUCAGCUUUCAUUAUGGUUGUUUUAUUCUUCGCUUCAGGAAGUGCAGCAGAAGGAACUUCUUACGAAAGCUAAAAAACAGACAAAUCUUUUGGAUCUGAAAACAUUACGGGCCAAAAAUCCAUCCCCUCCCUUGGUUAGUACCCUCGAUGUGGAGAUGUUGGCCGAGUCAGAUGAUGAAACAAGCUCCCCUCAGCAAUCGAUUAUGGCACAGAAGGACGUCAUUACACACCAGGUUGCUCCCCACCAAGGACCAGAGGAAGGAGACACCAGAGAGAGGGAGGACACUGCUCCAACCACACAACCAAACUGCAAGGGCUGCAAGGUACAGAAAGCAGUUGUCAAACAACUGAAAGAAGAGAUAAACACAUUAAAAAAUAAAAACCCAUUCCCCCUGCGGAGAAAAUAUGAGAGAAGGAAUACUGUACAGACAGAACUUCCAGUUUUUGAAAAAGUCCUUCAGACCUGGCUUAAUCAUAUUGAAGGCGUCACGUAUCGCCAGAACGAGAACGCACGCCAGAGAGUCACACGUGUGCGAUCCUGGUUGGCUUACAUGAGUGAUGGAGGGGUGCCAACCAUGGAUUUUGCUUUCUUAUCAGACCCCAGCAAGCUUAUAAACUGGGCGCACUCUUUGAGGAAUUUUGCUGUAACAACACAAAGAAUAUACAUAAGCGAUGUGAGGUCUUUCCUGAAAUUUCUCCUUGAAGCACGACUGGACACUGUGAGAGCCUCUAAAAAGAAAUUGAAGGGGGCAAUUUUCAGCCUAGACAGGCUUCGGAGGAAACUAACGAGCAGGCUUGUUGUACACAAACAAGCUGUUAAGGCCAAAAAAUCAAAAAACAUUCUGGAUGCAGUACACAUACAGACCUUCCUGGAAAAGGCUAGACGAGCAAUACCGAAUGCUUUAGUCACUCUGGAGCAAAAUCCCCUGCCACAAAACCUUUACCACCUAUUUGGCCUGUUGUCAGGGUUCAUAAUUUGCCUGACAGGGCACCGUAGGGGAGUCUUGUUGGGAAUGGAGGCAGAAGAAGUCCACGCUGCACCUAAAGACAAAAAUGGACGUCGAGUUAUUAUGGUGGCAAAACACAAAACAUCCUCAAAAUAUGGCCAUGCCCUUGUCCCUUUGGAAAAGGAGGAAUAUGUCUGGUUUGCCAGGUUUUUAUAUCAUAGGCACAAAUAUCCCAUGGGCGAGUCCAAAUUGUUUUUUGCAAACACAAAUGGGGGUCCAUUCUCCCGCUUAGCAGGCACUUUCCAGGAGUGCUGGAAGGAGUUUGGGCUGCCAGGAAAACCAACAUUUGGCCUCAUACGAACAAGCAUCAGCACCUAUGUUGGCCGUGAACUGGAUUACAAGCAGAAGGAGCAGGUACGGCGACUCAUGUGUCACAGCACAGCAGUUGCUGAGGUGUUUUAUGAAGCCAACCAAAACCUGACAGAUGCUUUCAAGUCCCGCCGGGCCACGGCAACAGCUGUCCAGAAGCAGACCAACAAUCCUAGGGAAGGAAGGGAGGAAGAUGAGGACAUGCACAGAAGUAAGAAAAGAUGCAUCUCCAAGACACGCAUGAGAAAUUACAAAGGUGACAAGAAAUAUCCCGAAAGUGACAUCAAGGACACCAGUACUGAAGACAGUGAUGACACCACAGAAAAAACAGAGGAGGAGGAUGAGGACAGAAUAAGGAGGAAGGCUGCUGGCAAGACAGAUGACAAACAUGAUAAAUAUCCCAAAAGAAACCUCAAAGACACCAGUACUGAAGACAGUGAUGACACCACAGAAGAAACCGAGGAGGAUGAUGAAGAUGACAGAAUAAGCAGGAAAGUUUCUGGCAAGACAGAUGACAAACGUGACAAGAAAUAUCCUAAAAGAGAGACCAAAAGCACCAGUGUUGACAGCAGUGAUGACACCACAGAAGAAACGGAGGAGGAGGAUGAUGAGGACAGAAUAAGCAGGAAAGUUUCUGGCAAGACAGAUGACAAACGUGACGAGAAAUAUCCUAAAAGAGAGACCGAAGGCACCAGUGUUGACAGCAGUGAUGACACCACAGAAGAAACAGAGGAGGAGGAUGAUGAGGACAGAAUAAGCAGGAAAGUUUCUGGCAAGACACGCAAGACAGAUGACAAACGUGACAAGAAAUAUCCUAAAAGAAAGACCGAAGGCACCAGUGAUGACACCACAGAAGAAACAGAGGAGGAGGAUGAUGAGGACAGAAUAAGCAGGAAAGUUUCUGGCAAGACAGAUGACAAACGUGACAAGAAAUAUCCUAAAAGAGAGACCAAAAGCACCAGUGUUGACAGCAGUGAUGACACCACAGAAGAAACAGAGGAGGAGGAUGAUGAGGACAGAAUAAGCAGGAAAGUUUCUGGCAAGACACGCAAGACAGAUGACAAACGUGACAAGAAAUAUCCUAAAAGAAAGACCGAAGGCACCAGUGAUGACACCACAGAAGAAACAGAGGACAGGAUAAGGAGGAAAGGUGCUGGCAAGACACGCAAGACAGAUGAAAACAGCAACAAAGAAAUAGUUGUGAUACUGGACAGUAACGAAGAAGACCAGACACAAGACAAAGACAAGAAGGAUGAACAAAACGACAAAGAUACCUCAAGUAUUCGAAAGGAUGACGCAGGACGUAGUACAGAUUCAUUCCCGCGUUCAUUAAUUUUCCAUUCCACUAAUCCUCCGCCGAGUCACAGGAGAACCAGGAGCAUAUCCCAGCGAGCUCGAGGCAAAAGGCUGGGGACAGCCUGGAAGGGGUGCCAACCCAUCACAGGGCGCAAUCGCCGACCCACUCGCACACCCCUUCACACACUACAGAAGAUUGGGAAAUGUGGGAGAGGAAACCAGAGUCAUAAAGACAAUGACAAAGAUGAACAACACACUGAUGCAGACAUGCCAGGUGAAGGAAAGGACAAAACCAGGAACAGAACAGACACAGCUGAUGGAGACAAAGAUGAACAGCAACAUGCUGAUGCAGACAUGCCAAGUGAAGGAAAUGAGACGGGGCACAGGAAAGACACAGCUGAUGGAGACAAAGAUGAACAGCAACAUGCUGAUGCAGACAUGCCAAGAGAAGGAAAUGAGACGUGUCUUUCCUGUGCCCCAGCUGAUGGAGACAAAGAUGAACAGCAACAUGCUGAUGCAGACAUGCCAAGUGAAGGAAAUGAGACGGGGCACAGGAAAGACACAGCUGAUGGAGACAAAGAUGAACAGCAGCACAUUGAUGCAGACAUGCCUAGUGAAGGAAAUACUGAGACGGGGCACAGGAAAGACACAGCUGAUGGAGAUGAAGACAAAGAACAUGUCGAUGCAGACAUGCCUAGUGAAGGAAAGGACAAGAUCAAAUUUACAAACGAGACUGAUGGACUUAAUGAAAUGGAUAUGGGAUGCAGCACAGAGAAGAACGACAAUCACAUAAACAUAGACUUGCCAAAAGAUAAGAAUGAGAGAGGAAGUAACAAUCAGACUGAACAACACACACAAGAAGUCACCCAACCAUCCAUACCCCAAAAGCGUAAGAAAACCCUUUUGAAGAAUUCAACCCUCCGCAAAUGUGCCCGAAAAAUUUCCAGUGAUGAAGAGUCACCUGUCAAAGAAAAGUCAUUGGUGUCACCUCGCAGACUCCGGAAGAGGGCAGGUGGAUUAAGCCCAGUUGCUGUAGCCAGGAUGCAUAGAGCACUGAAAAUACUUGCAAGAAAAAGGGGACAAAAAAAUUAGGGCCUAAAAUAAAUUCAUUCAUGUUUCUCAUAAACUCAACAUUACUGAUAAUCAAUAAGAAAUUAAAGAAAAGCAGGGAAAGUUGUUCAGUUGGAUUGUUAUUGAUGCUCAAUGGUCUGUGAUUUUUGUUUUAUUUACAAAUUAGGAAUAUAUUUUUUUUUAACUAAUUCAGGAUAAAAGACUUGAAACUUUUGUUUUAAAGGAAGUGGAAAAUGUUCAUUUUCCUGUUUUAAAAAAAAAAAAAAAAAAAAGUUUAAUUUGUAAUUAAAAAAAUAUACAUAAUGGUUUUGUAUUGGAGAAACAAAAGCAAAAAUAAAUUUUGUAUUAAUAAAUGUGUUGAAAAGAGUAUUGUUCUGGCAUUUGCUACAUUUUAAUAAUUCAAUUUAAAAGUAUUUAGCUGUAAGCACUGCAGAAAUUGUGAUCAUAGAACCUGAUAAGUGAUGGGAGAGGAUUAUCUCUCUUGUUACUGUACCUCACUAACAUACAUAAAUGAUGGGAACAUUUAGUUCUGUGUCUCAUAGAUUAUGAAGUAAUUGAGAGACCAACAGUAAUAUGCUGGUCCAAGUUGUUCAUUUUGUGAACAGUGCAUUAGAUGUUAUAAACUAUUUUAGAAUUAUGAUUUAAAGAUAUCACUCCAUGCUGCACACCCAAUGCUGCACAUG